CGAUUUAGGAGCCUGGCCCCACCCAGCUCCUCCUCCUCUUUUAAUCCUCGAUGAAGAGCUUCCCCUCUCAUGGCUUUUGGAGGGGAAGCAGCACCUCCUAGGUCCUGCCAGCAACAGCUGUCCCCAGCAUGAGAGCAGCCCCGCUCCUGGUGGCCAGAGCGGCAAGCCUUCACCUUAGCUCCUUGCUUCUGCUUUCCUUCUGGCUGGACCCAGGUGCGGUAGCUAAGGAGCUGAAGUUUGUGACACUGGUUUUUAGGCAUGGAGACCGAAGUCCCAUUGAAACCUUUCCUAAUGACCCCAUUAAAGAAUCCUCAUGGCCACAAGGUUUUGGUCAGCUCACUCAGCUGGGCAUGGAGCAGCAUUAUGAACUUGGACAGUAUAUAAGGAAAAGAUAUGGAAAGUUCUUGAAUGAGUCCUAUAAACAUCCACAGAUUUAUGUUCGAAGCACAGACAUUGACCGGACUUUGAUGAGUGCUAUGACAAACCUUGCAGCCCUGUUUCCCCCGGAGGGUACCAGCAUCUGGAACCCCAACCUCCCCUGGCAGCCCAUCCCGGUGCACACAGUCCCUCUUUCUGAAGAUCGGUUGCUAUACCUGCCUUUCAGGAACUGCCCCCGUUUUCAAGAACUUCAGAUCGAGACUUUGAAAUCGGAGGAAUUACAGAAGAGGCUUCAUCCUUAUCAGGAUUUUAUAGAAAUGUUGCCAAAACUUUCAGGAUACCGUGGCAAGGACCUUUUCGGAAUUUGGAGUAGAGUCUACGACCCUUUAUAUUGUGAGGGUAUUCACAAUUUUACUUUACCCUCCUGGACCACAGGGGACACCAUGACUAAGUUGAAAGAAUUAUCAGAAUUGGCCCUCCUAUCCCUCUAUGGAAUUCACAAGCAGAAAGAGAAAUCUAGACUGCAGGGGGGUGUCCUGGUUGGUGAAAUCCUCAAUCACAUGAAGGGAGCAACUCAGCCAAUGAACCAAAGAAAGCUGGUCAUGUAUUCUGCACAUGACACUACUGUGAGUGGCCUACAGGUGGCGCUAGAUGUCUACAACGGAAUUCUUCCUCCCUAUGCUUCCUGCCACAUAAUGGAACUAUACCUUGAGAAGGGGGAGUACUUCAUAGAAAUGUUCUAUCGGAAUGAGACUCACCAUGAGCCAUAUCCCCUCACGCUGCCAGGCUGCACCCCCAGCUGUCCUCUGACGAAGUUUGCUACACUCGUUAGCUCUGUGAUCCCCCAAGACUGGUCCACAGAGUGUAUGACCACGAGCAAACAUCAAGAUUUCUCCCAGGAAGCGAAGAAAUGAGGUACCAUAGAGAGAUCUGGAGAAUUCAUCUACACCAGGAAACUGAUCCUAUCUUUUAAUAUUUCUGUUAAAACAUAUUGAGUGGCAGAGCUGAAAAAAUCAAUACCUCCUUGUAUCCUUUGGCCCUGAAAAAUUCAUGCUACCUUUGAAGAAAUCAAAAACAAACUUGCCAGAAAACUUUGGUGUACAUAGUACACCUGGCAUCUCUUGGAGUACAUACAUCAUAAAAAAUAAAUAAUUUGAUGAGAACAAGAUAUUCAGACCCAGCAUAUCGAGAUGAGAGCCCUGCAGAGUGGAGCUGCUCUUGAAGCUCCAACGGUCAGAGAUGUUGAAUGUGAAGUUGAUGUAAGAGAGAAAGUAUGGUGACCAUUUCAAACUGGAGCGAAAUUAGAAAUGUCAGAAUGUCCUGAAUGCCUCCAAGAUCAAAAUUUAUUGGAAUGUCGAAAGUGUGGCUAUCAUAUCUGUUCUGGAGACAAAAGCGGUGCGUAAGGCUUUGGUCCUGGUAUCUUCAGAAAACCCAAGCACUCACAGGUCCUGCUGAAACCACUCACUCUAUAAGAAGAAAUUAUGUCAAAUGAUGACUCUCUGGAGUCCUGUCAAUUUGCCACAUGGCGGAUGCAAUACAUCUAGAGAACAACGUGCUACGUUACCCUUACAGCUAAAGAUGAAAUGUUUUCUAGAGAUGGUUUCUACCGGGUACCAGAGUCUAGAGCAAAGCCAUUCCCUGUCCCCGUUGGCCAUGGGAUUACUGGCAUGAGGUACUGAUUGAUGUGUUUAUUUGUAUUAUUUCUUGCCCAGGUAAAUACUUGGCCUUGGGGCCAUCAUCUAAUUAUUCUUCCUCCUUCAUGCAUGUAACUUUCCUCCAGAAUUGAGCCAAAUGUAAAAUAGUGAAUAAAAUCACUACUAGGAAAUUCAAUGCCAUUACUUUCAUAUAAUGAAUUUUGAAAAGUGUAUAUGUUUAAGUAUAAUAAAAUUCCUGAAGGACAGA